AUGGCAGCGCUCCUCGCGCUCCUCGUCGCGUCCUGCGCUGCCAGAAAUACCACCCUUUCACGCCACGGCGGCCGGCGCCUCCACGGCCCGGCGGAGGCGCUGCGGAGCUUCCACGCGCAGGACGUCGCGUCCUGGGUGCGGGACCGCGCCGCCUCGAGCGCCGAGGCCAUGGAGAAGUUCGCGCUCGAGGUCGCGCUCGCCAAGGCGAAGGCCGCGCCCUGCGGCGACGCCGUCGCGGCGGGCGCCUGCGUGCACCAGAACAACGGCGUGCCCUGCGCGCCGCUCCUUCCGAGCUGCGCGCGCCCCUGCGCGGCCUUGAGCGUCAAACUCUACGGCGCGGCGGGCGCGACGCAGCGCGAGGGCGUGCUCAUGCACCUCUGGGGGUCGUCCGAGGCGCCCAGGGGCGGCGCGGGCCGCCACGCGCCCAAGGGCCCAGCGCGGACGGCGCAGCUCGAGGGCGGCGC